UCAUCAGGGCGACGUCAGCGCUGUGCAGGAAUGUGCGCAAACUUUGACUUCUUUCUCCUCCUUCUUCGCCGCCCUCGAUCUGUUUAAAGUUGUCUCGAAUCUCAGCGGCACCUUGGAGAAGGUCGUGGCGGGAGCGCGGGAAGUCAACAUGGCCACAUCCUCCAUGUUCUCCAUGGAGGCUUUUCCUGUUGGUGUUUCCAUGAUGGACACCGAUCAGAACCUCGGUGAGUUGGACAGAAAUUCCGCCGCCCCUCAACUGGUGAUGCUGGCCAACGUGGCGGUGGAGGGUUACGGCGAGGGCAGCGUGGCGGACGAGAAGGAGAUGAUGGAGCUGAUGACGGUGGGCUGCAGCUACUCAGACAGCGAGGAUGAGAACGUCAUCAGGUACACUUACGACAACGGAAACCCCGGUGAGGUCUGCAGUGUGGACUACUCCGAGACUGUGGGCCUUUGUGCUGUUCAAGGACUAAAUGAUGGCCAAGAGGACAAGGACUUGUCCAAAGACUCUGAAGAACCCAAAGCCCAGGCGGACCCAAAAGCCAAAGACGGGCCCCCUGGGCGGGUCCUGUCAGAGGCCGUGAAGAAGAAGAAGCCUCUUCAUUGUAAACCCUGUCAGUUCCAAGCUGAGAACGAGGAGGAGUUUGUGGAACACCUGAGAACACACGCCAGCAAGAAGAUGAUGGUGAUCAACCGGGUGAAGGGGCGGAGCAAAGGUCAAGAGGCGGAAGCAGGCCAAGGUCAGUCGGCGUCAUGUGAGGAGGAGGAGGAGGAGCCCAGCGCUGAGAGCAAAGGCUUGAUUUGCUGCGAACGCUGCGGCUACAACACCAACCGCCUGGACCACUACGUGGCACACCUGAAACACCACACCAAGGAGGGCGACGACCACAGGGUGUUCAAGUGCACCUUGUGUGCAUACAGCACCAUCAGUCAGUACCACUGGAGGAAACACCUGAGGAACCAUUUCCCCAGCAAGCUGCACACCUGCACUCAGUGUUCCUACUACUCAGACCGCAAGAGCAACUACAUCCAGCACAUCCGCACACACACAGGUGUGCGUCCUUUCCAGUGCCCGUUCUGCCAGUACUCCAGCUCCCAGAAGACACACCUGACCAGACACAUGAGGACUCACUCAGGUGAGCGACCCUUCAAGUGCGAGAGCUGCGACUACCUGGCGGCCAAUCAGCACGAGGUGACCCGCCACGCCCGCCAGGUCCACAACGGUCCUAAGCCCCUGGUGUGUCCCUACUGUGACUACAAGACUGCUGACCGCAGCAACUUCAAGAAGCACGUGGAGCUCCACCUCAACCCUCGCCAGUUCCUGUGCCCGCUCUGCAAGUACGCCGCCUCCAAGAAGUGCAACCUGCAGUACCACAUCAAGUCUCGCCAUGCGGGCUGCCAGGUCACGCUGGACGUCUCCAAGGUCAAACUGCGCCUGAAGAAACACCAGUCCUCCACCAAGAUGGACGAGGAGGAGGACGAGGAGGAGCUGGAUCAGGAGCACAAAUCCUCAGACCCCGUCAAGAAACACCAGUCCUCCACCAAGAUGGACCACGCCGAGGACUUUGAGGAGGUUGACCAGGAGCACAAAUCCUCAGACCCCAUCAAUCUGUCCUUGGACCAAGGGCAAGAACCCAAGGAAGUUCCCAGGAAAAGUAAGGUGGCCAAGACCGACAAGAAGACCAAGGAGAACCACCAGGACGUGAGCGCCACCAAGACCAAGAGAAGAGUCAAGAAGGCAGCAGCUGAUGGACCACCUGACCCACCUCCAGAUGGCCAGUGUGUGCAGACUAAAGUGGGAGGAGCCGAGAAGCCUAGAAGAGCCAAACCAGAAGAACCUGCUCAGACUCUGGUCCAGCAGAAGAGAGAAAAGGACAGGAAGAGAAAAGCGCCGGACCUUUCUUCAGAGUCCUCCAGCGUGCCCGCCCCCAAAGCCCGGCGGGUCAGACCUGGCAGCAAGUCCACUUCCAAAGACCAGGUGAGCCUUGAGUCCGCUAAGAGGACCAGGAGGUCCACCAGGAAGUCCCCGCUAAAGGUACAAGAAGAUGCACAGGAACGCUCCGUCGACGCUGCAUGUCAGGUGAGCACCACGCCACACCCCAGUGAAGACCUCCCCCCUGUGGUGCCGCCCACUUCACCCAUCCGCCCUUCUUCGCCGCCACCGGACAAAACGGCCGAACCGGACAAAACGGCCGAACCGGAAGACGACGAAGGUGUCCACAGCAGCCACGAAGGAGCCAGCGACAUCAGCGACAGCGCCUCGGAAGGCAGCGUGGACUCUGGCCUCAACAGCAACGCCGCCAACAACGACCCCGAGACCCCCACCCAGGAGAUCCCCUCCCCCACCCAGCUGAAAAGUCACAUGUGCAUCUUCUGUGACCGCCACUUCCCCCUGGAGGCCGAGUACCGCCGCCACCUCAACCGCCACCUGGUCAACGUCUACUACAUGGACGACCAGUAGGAUGAUGUCAUCACGUCUACUACGUGGACAACCAGUAGGAUGAUGUCAUCAUGUAGACUACAUCGACCACCAGUAGGAUGUCAUCACGUCUACUACGUGGACGACCAGUAGGAUGAUGUCAUCAUGUAGACUACAUGGACGACCAGUAGGAUGAUGUCAUUAUGUAGACUACAUGGACGACCAGUAGGAUGAUGUCAUUAUGUAGACUACAUGGACGACCAGUAGGAUGAUGUCAUCAUGUCUACUACGUGGACGACCAGUAGGAUGAUGUCAUCAUGUCUACUACAUAGACGACCAGUAGGAUGAUGUCAUCAUGUCUGCUACGUGGACGGCCAGUAGGAUGAUGUCAUCAUGUCUACUACAUGGACGACCAGUAGGAUGAUGUCAUCAUGUCUACUACAUGGACGACCAGUAGGAUGAUGUCAUCACGUCUACUACAUAGACGACUAGUCGGAUGAUGUCAUCAUGUCUACUACAUGGACGACCAGUAGGAUGAUGUCAUCACGUCUACUACAUAGACGACUAGUCGGAUGAUGUCAUCAUGUCUACUACAUGGACGCCUAGUAGGAUGUCAUCACAUCUACUACAUGGACAACCAGUAGGAUGAUGUCAUCACGUCUACUACAUGGACGACCAGUAGGAUGAUGUCAUCAUGUCUACUACAUGGACGACCAGUAGGAUGAUGUCAUCACGUCUACUACAUAGACGACUAGUCGGAUGAUGUCAUCAUGUCUACUACAUGGACGACCAGUAGGAUGAUGUCAUCAUGUCUACUACAUGGACGCCUAGUAGGAUGAUGUCAUCAUGUCUACUACAUGGACGCACAGCAGGAUGAUGUCAUCAUGUCUACUACAUGGACGCCUAGUAGGAUGAUGUCAUCAUGUCUACUCCGUGGACGCCUAGUAGGAUGAUGUCAUGUCUACUACAUGGACGCCUAGUAAGAUGAUGUCAUCAUGUCUACUACGUGGACGACCGGUAGGAUGAUGUCAUCAUGUCUACUACGUGGACGACCAGUAGGAUGUCAUCACGUCUACUACAUGGACCAGUAGGAUGAUGUCAUCAUGUCUACUACAUGGAUGCCCAGCCGGAUGAUGUCAUCAUGUAGACUACGUGGACACCCAGUAGGAUGAUGUCAUCAUGUCUACUACAUGGACGCCUAGUAGGAUGAUGUCAUCAUGUUUACGAUAUGGACACCAAGUAGGAUGUCAUCACAUGGACUACAUGGACGCCUAGUAUGAUGAUGUCAUCACAUGGACCGAUUCUAUGGUCAAAGGUCAACAGCACGGAUUUUCUCUGACAAUCAGACCUUUUUUUCUUUUUACUUUCUGAGCGCUUGUCAGACUUUGUGCAAUAAAUCAUUUUUCAUAUCAACAAACUUGUGAAGAUCUGCUGGCUUUCACACCUCAGGACUGAUGUCAUUGUUAGUUUGUGUGCACACAAGUUGUGUUGAUGUGGUCAUUGUUAGUUUGUGUGCACACAAGUUGUGUUGAUGUGGUCGUUGUUAGUUUGUGUGCACACAAGUUGUGUUGAUGUGGUCAUUGUUAGUUUGUGUGCACACAAGUUGUGUUGAUGUGGUCAUUGUUAGUUUGUGUGCA